UUUUUUCUUCAGUUACGCCUCUUUUCGUUUGGCUCUAUACGAUGGAAGAACCGGGUCAUGAAACGGGUAUUCCGGGUCGCAGACAAUCGGAUCUGAAGCAAUCGUUCAGAAAAGCUGUUCGUUAUCUUCUCACUGCUUGCUCCAGAGAGGAUUUUCUUGAUAUUUUCUCGAAAUUCGAUGUGGCUGAGCAAAAUAGGCUUUAUUGGUUGACUACUCAGGUGAUCGUGAAUUUGCAUCAGUCAUUAGAGGGUGAGUUCGAUGCACAGUGUCAAGAAUAUCAGGUUGGACCAAUUCUUGAUAAAGUUGAGCAGAUGGUUGAAGAACAGAGUUUGGAUCCGUUGUUCUCUGCUAAGAGCAAUGUUAUGGAGUUAGCAAAUGACUUAACAACAGCUAAGAAGAGCGAGAUACAAAGAUUAACAGCUUUGCUUCAGGGGGCUGAAGAACAUAAUCGUCAAAUGGAAGCUCGGAUCAGGCUGCUCAGGGAGCAACCACAAGAGGCCUCGGACACAGCUAAUGCAAUCAAAAAGCUGAAAACUGGGAUCACAGCCUACUUUGGAGGAAAUGACAAGCUGCCUCCAAUAUAAGUUUCAAGACAUUUGCAGUGGAAAAAAUGUGGAACUAUCAUCUCUGCAUAUAAGUUUAUUAGCGUAUUAUUAACCUAGUCGCAGUCACUUGCUACAUGUGUAAACCACUUAGAAGCUGAGAUUAAACCGGUUUAUGUAUUUUGUUCUACUUAGCUGAUUCAAUUAAGAUGAGUGAUAACUUUGGUGUUUCUUAGAUUA